GCCCGUACCAUACCUUGAUUACCUUCAAGAAUGAACGGCACACGACACCACACUUGAAAACAAAAUAUCCCGCCCUUCCAUUAUUACCAUCCUAUCCUCCUCCCAUUCAUUUUCUCCGAUAAAAAUCUCAAAUCUUCACUUCUCAAUUCUCAUUCACUCACUCACUCAGUCACUCUAUCUCGUCCCUAACCUAAAUCUCUCUCUCAGAGAAGUAACCGCCACAGCGAUGAGAGAGAUCUUGCACGUGCAGGGAGGUCAAUGCGGGAACCAAAUCGGCUCCAAGUUCUGGGAGGUGAUCUGCGACGAGCACGGCAUCGAUCCUACUGGAAAGUACAACGGCCAAGCCUCCUCUGAUAUCCAGCUCGAGAGGAUCAAUGUCUACUACAAUGAAGCUUCUGGUGGAAGGUACGUUCCCAGGGCUGUGCUCAUGGAUCUUGAGCCUGGUACCAUGGACAGCAUCAGAUCUGGUCCAUACGGUAAGAUCUUUCGACCUGAUAACUUCGUCUUUGGCCAGUCCGGUGCCGGAAACAACUGGGCGAAAGGUCACUACACCGAAGGUGCUGAGUUGAUUGACGCCGUUCUCGACGUCGUUCGCAAAGAGGCCGAGAACUGCGACUGCUUGCAAGGUUUUCAAGUUUGCCACUCGCUAGGAGGAGGCACUGGUUCUGGAAUGGGAACACUUUUGAUCUCGAAGAUUAGGGAGGAAUACCCAGAUAGAAUGAUGCUCACAUUCUCUGUUUUUCCAUCUCCAAAGGUCUCAGACACUGUUGUGGAGCCAUACAAUGCAACUUUAUCGAUACACCAGUUGGUGGAAAAUGCAGACGAAUGCAUGGUUCUUGAUAAUGAAGCACUUUAUGACAUUUGCUUCAGGACCUUGAAGCUCAGUACGCCAAGCUUUGGUGAUCUGAACCAUCUGAUUUCUGCAACUAUGAGUGGGGUAACGUGCUGCUUAAGGUUCCCUGGUCAACUGAAUUCUGACCUCAGAAAGCUGGCAGUCAAUCUGAUCCCAUUCCCACGUCUUCACUUCUUCAUGGUGGGGUUUGCGCCUCUCACAUCUCGUGGGUCGCAGCAGUAUGUCUCCCUCACUGUUCCAGAACUGACUCAGCAGAUGUGGGACGCCAAAAAUAUGAUGUGUGCUGCUGAUCCUCGACAUGGCCGUUACCUGACGGCUUCAGCAAUGUUCAGGGGAAAGAUGAGCACGAAAGAGGUGGAUGAGCAAAUGAUCAAUGUGCAGAACAAGAACUCGUCGUACUUCGUGGAAUGGAUUCCCAACAAUGUGAAGUCCAGUGUGUGUGAUAUUCCACCCAAGAAUCUGAAGAUGUCUUCCACCUUUAUUGGAAACUCGACAUCAAUUCAAGAGAUGUUCAGGAGGGUCAGUGAGCAGUUCACGGCAAUGUUCAGGCGCAAGGCUUUCUUGCACUGGUACACUGGGGAAGGAAUGGACGAGAUGGAGUUCACCGAAGCAGAGAGUAACAUGAAUGAUCUAGUUGCGGAGUACCAGCAAUACCAGGAUGCAACAGCCGAGGAUGAGGAGGAGGAGCUCUAUGAAGAUGAUGGUGAAGAGGCUUAUAACGAGUAGAAUCAAGAAUGUUUGCUACCUAAGAGAUGUCUCCAUUGUAGCCACCUAAAUCAAUACACAGCUUUACCGCUUAUAUUUUUGCUGAUUUACUCGUUUAAAUGUGUUACAUUUCUGGCCUGUCAAACAAAGACAAUAGUUUAUUCAUAUAUAUUUCUAUUUCGAUUUAAUAAUAUCAAGCAUGCAAGUUCAUUA